AUGCACUACGCUCUUGCCAUCUUGUCGAGUGGUUGGGUCAGAAGAGCGGCAGGCAGCAGUUAGCUACCAAUUAGCUUAGUUCUCCACUGGCUGUGGUAAAGUGGUUAUCUGUCAGCUAGCUGCUAGUAGCAGCUGCCAAAAGUGAGCUGUCCACACAGCGAGAAGCGAGACUUCACCGACUUUGAGACAUUUCCUCUGUCUCCUGCUGGAGUUAAUGUUCUUUUUGGAUAGACAAUGGAUUUGUUUACAUCAUGAUGUCGCACAUGCUGGUACUGGAGUAGGGGAAACUAGCUAACAUCAGCUAACUCUGCUAGUCUACAUUUAUAGCUGAGAGAGAACACCGGGCCCGCCUCAGACUAAAGUACCGGUGGCAGCUGUGAACAAGAACUUUGACAAGGGCCUGCUUUCAACUUCGCUACCGGGACACAAGGGAGGCCGACGAGGUGUCAAAGAGGCCGGGGUAGGAGCAGCAGUCUCCGCGGAAGGUUUCGGUAGUUUCGCAGGAUCUGUCCCCGGUUGUGACACUUUUCUCCGACGAGAGAGGAAGAGGAACGGUAUGGAAAUGUCCUGUGACGGUACGUGUCUGUGUCACAUCCCUCAGCUGUGAGUUACUUCGCAAGACAAUAGUCCAGCACUUUAUUUCUUCCGGGGAGCAGACAGACCCGACACAGAUAGUCAACAUGUCAAAAAUGCCGGCUAAGAAGAAAAGUUGUUUUCAAAUCACGAGUGUAACGCAGGCUCAGGUGGCGGCCAGCAGCAUCACGGACGAUACUGAGAGCCUGGACGACCCGGACGAGUCCCGCACAGAGGACGUGUCGUCGGAAAUAUUUGACGUUUCUCGGGCAGACCUUGGGGUGUGUGAGAGGAGCUCUUCAGAGGAAACCUUAAACAGCGUUACGUUAGGGGAGCCUCCGGACUGCCAGACGCCCAGCACGGGUCCUGUCAACGGGGGGCUCUGUUAUAAAAGUAUAGGCAGUGGUCAUGUCACCCCACAUAAUGUAACAGGAAGUGUGCCUGUGCCAGCUACAACUCAGCCUUUUGUUCCGAGCCCAGCCACCCAUCCGCCAGUCAUCAGUGCAGCCCAUGCUCCCAGUGUGGCUCACACAGCUCCUGUGAACACAGCCAGCUGCAGUUCCCGUUUCAGGGUCAUUAAACUUGACCAUGGUACUGGAGAGCCCUUCAGACGGGGCAGGUGGACAUGCACUGAGUUCUAUGAGAGAGAUUCAGAUUCAAAUCGGACUGUGGAUAGCAUAAAGUCAGCUGUGACCCUUGAUCACAGUAUGGACAGGGACAGUGGGCUAGGGGCCACCUUUAACUCAGUGUUUACUAGUGGUGCUUUUUUUGCACAGGCUUCGGAGAACACCUCUGACAGUGGCUACUCUGUUGCUCACCCCGCCCACUCCACCCCUUCAGAGGCUCUGCAGCACGGCUACAGCUUGUCUCCUCAGAUAGGGAGUGCAGCAAGUGCCUUUCACCCCACGGGGUAUACAACUACAGCAUCACAACAGGCUCAGGGCAAUGUGCAGCCUGUUGCAACCCAAACCUUCCUCUCUAACAGCCUCAAUGGUGUGCACCAUGGUGGUCCCCUUAUGCCUCCUGCCAUGCAGGCCCAACAGUUUGCCUAUUCUACUCAUCCUUCUGGCCCCUCAUCGGGCCAGCAGGAGUAUCGUCAGCAGCACUUUGUCUCAAGCACUCAAAACCUUCCCAUGUCUGCCCUCCCUAUGGGGCCUCUAGCCAGCCAGGUAUCAUCGCCUCUAAUCCCCCCUGCUGGUCUUGGGGCCCAGGUGCCAGGCGGAGAGGCAGCCUCUGCCCAGGUGCUUCUGAUGCAAGCAGGCAAUACAGGAAGUGGCCAACAACAGCAUGUCAGCCAGACUCAGCCUUCAGGAGGGUUAGGCAUUGCCCCUGCACCUUCAGGCACCAUCGCCGCCACCUCCACCCCCUACAACAGUAUCCAGAACGCACCCGCCACAGUGCCCAAUGCAAACCACAACAACAACCCUCCGGGAGCGCCAAGUCAGGGGCCCAGCACAGGAGGGCUUGUAAAGCCCCAAGGAGUCCACGGAGGAGCAACGACAGGCCUUCCCUCCAUCUUCAGCAACCAUGUAGAAGACAGCAGGCAGAAGUCUGACGGCCUACCUCAGCGUAACGCCGUCGUGUUGCCAGGGAAAGAUGGUGUAAUGCCUUUCAUCGGCGAUGGCUUCAGCCUACCCACUCCUGCUGUCAACAGUCUGUUUGGCAUCCACAUAACCAUGGAUGUGGAUGAGGACAGGAACCCGUCCACUGCUUUCUACCAGGCUUUCCGGCCUAACAGAUUACGAGGGUCAAAGCCUGUCAACGAUAGUGCAUCUGGUGCCAGCGUUGUUGCCAUCGAUAACAAGAUUGAACAAGCAAUGGACUUGGUGAAGAGCCACCUGAUGUAUGCUGUUCGCGAGGAGGUGGAGGUUUUGAAGGAGCAGAUUAAGGAGCUGUAUGAGAGGAACUCGAUGUUGGAGCGCGAGAACGCUGUGCUGAAGUCGCUGGCCAACACGGAUCAGCUGGGCCAGCUCUCCAGUCAGCUCCACAAGGCCGGCAGCACGUCGCCGCCGCUGCAACAGCAACAGCAACACCCGCUCGUCACAAACAACAACAACAACAACAACCCUUUAGCGCACCACGAGGCGAGUCAGAGCAUCCCGCAGCAGCCCAACAUCACCUCGGCGUGAUCCAAGUUCCCCAAGUUAACACACUCAAACACACACCUCCCAUGGACAGGAGAGGAAGAUCCUGUUAGUAACAACAACUGCUACCGUCCCCUUAGCUUCAUUAAGGCAAACGUCUCGGCUCUGUGUUCAAUAUGCUCCAUUCGAGUGAAAAUCGACAACAGCAACAUCUAAUAUUUGCCACCAAGAGCCAUGCUUCAAUGUGUGCACCAUGCCUUCACUGGAAUUUCCGUUAUUAAGACAUUAACCACCCCUUAAAGUCUUAUUCUAUCCCUGCAGAAGGCUGUAGAAGAAGAAGAGGCAGGGGAGGCGGUGCACACUAUAAAACUGCAUGCUGUUCUUGUGCGAGAGGAUGGGGUCAAAUGUCACAGAGAGAGAUUUGUUGGGGCAACAAGUGAUAGAAGAGGGCGGUGCAACCCAACGCGGUGAUGAGGCUCCUGUGACGUCAAGCAGGGACUGUCCUCCCAGUAUCCCCCAACCAAACAUCACUUAUGGGCUGGAAGAGGCCACGGAACCGAGGGAGAAGUGGGGGAGAAGAUUCGUCCUCCCUGAGUGGAGGAGGAAGCCGGCGGGUGCAUCGUCUUCAGUGGGUCGAGUCGAGAGCCUUGGCUUGUUAUAUGCUGCAACAAAAGCUUGUGUUGUUUUCUCAGAGCCACCAUACUUUGGAAUGAAUCAUUAUACUUUUUCCAUAGUUCAGUUUUAGUACUUGCAUUUAUUUAUUUCAGGGCUGCUAUUUUCACAAUGUAAAUGAACAAUGUCUUGGAGAUACUUAUUAACAAACAAAAAAAAACCUUUCUCUUUGGUCUUUUAGAAUCUGUCAGGUAUUGAAUUGGGUAGUCUUUUGCAACAUGUAGAUCUCAAUAAGUAGGCAAUAAUUUCCAUCAUAGAACAUUUACUUCUCAUAAAAUAGUGCUAACACUAAAGUCGAGCUUACAUUAGGUGAAAUCCAGGUUUGAAUGUAUAUUUUGUAAAGUAUAAAGUAUUAAGAGCAAGUAGGGUUUGUACAGGAGAACACCUGUUGUUAAGAUGUGAUGGGAUGUUUCGAUAAAGAAAACUAUUAAUUUACUUUUUUUCUAGACUGUGUGAAAAAAAAAAAUUUGGGGGGUUUGGUUGGGUAUAAAAGCUGUGAAAAAAUUGUUCGACCUACUUUAUAACCAAAGACGCAAAGCUGUGUAAGUCUUUUUUUUUUUCUUUCUCCGUUUUUAAAUUCACACUUCUACUCUCUCCUUCCCUUUAUUGGUUUUGUUGCCAUUCUGCAUGUCCUGCAUGAUCUAUAAUCAAACCACUUUCUUACCUCAUGUUUUAUCCAGCACUCUUAUUUUAUGUCAAACUGUCAGUCUGUGAAUGAUGUGAAAGGAUUUAUGAAAGAAAGGGAACAAUGGGUGGAGUAAGUCGGUGAGGGACAGAAAAAAUGAUGGCAAGGUGUUUGUGUCAGAUGAAGAGAAGGGCCUCGUGCAAAAAACAUCAGUCAGAAAAGGAGCCAUGUUUUUUUUGUUUUCAUGUUGAUGCUUUGUUGCAUUGCAUAGGCAGAGGAAAGGUUUUGUUACAUUGCAGAAUUUAAUGAAUGCAGCAUUUAGAUCUCGAUUGUAGUGUGCACUUUGCUUACAAAGAUAAAAAUAGCAACAAUAUCCGCAAGAAAACAAAACAAUGGAAACUAUUGAACAUUUCACACUGUAAAGCUGGAACGCAGUCGAUUGUGUGUGAGCAUAUUAUGGGAUGUCCUGUACGCGUCACGUCUUUUGUGCCUCCUGUGCCGUCGCCUGCUGUCUUCAGGUGUGUCGGUUUCUUUCUCUGUGGCUUAGAACCAAACCAAAAUGCUUGGUAAUUGUACAAUCAGUCAUCUUUCUACGGGACUUGCUCUCUGAUUUCCUUUUUUUGCGAACAGGCUUAUUUCUUUUCUCUUUUUUUAUUUUAUUUUUCUUCCAUUUGAAGGAGAUGCAUUGUACAUGCCAAGUGUACUGUAUGAGAGUGAUCACUGAGCCUUGGAGAAAAUAUCUUAACAAUGCCCUUGUAAUGUGCUGUUCAAACAACUUUAGUUUUCAGUCAAAAAUAAAUUACUGUUUUAUUAAGAGAA